GCCACGACUUCCGGGUCGCUGAGGCCGCCGGCGGCGGCACGCACAGUCGUGUCCGCUGGGGUCCAGUCUAUGGAGUCCGUUGGCGCGGCCGGCGGCUCGGAGGCAGGAGGCGGUGUCCGAGUGGGGGCCCCUGCCCCGCCAGGAUGUUUCCGGGCUUGGCCGCCGCCGUCGCGGCGCACAGGUGCAGCUGGGCGACGCUGUGCAGGCUCGGUGGCGGCCGGGCAGUGGCCGGCGGCCGCAGCCAGGGAAAAAAUUUAAUGACAUUUGGAAACUUUACAUACAUGGUUCCCAACAGUCACCCACAUGUCUGUACUCUAAAUAGAGUCAAGUUGUACUCUACAGAUUUCCACAAAGGAGGGCAGGGAUCACAGACUCCAAAAGCUGAGAAAGUCCCAACACUCAAGGAAACAGCAGAAAAUAUAGGCGCAGAACUCAAAGCUCCACUUAAACAAGACCCUCUCCAAGUAAGAGUCAAGGCGGUCCUUAAGAAAAGUGAAUAUGGAUCAAAAUACACUAAGAAUAAUUUCAUCACUGGAGUAAGAGCAAUAAAUGAAUUCUGUCUUAAAUCUAGUGAUUUAGAACAACUUCGAAAAAUCAGACGACGAAGUCCCCACAAUGAUACCGAGUCCUUUACCGUGUUCUUGAGGUCAGAUGUGGAAGCAAAAGCUUUGGAAGUUUGGGGAAGCCCUGAAGCUCUUGCCAGAGAGAAAAAAUUGCGUAAAGAAGCAGAAAUAGAAUACAGAGAACGGCUGUUUAGAAACCAAAGAAUAUUAAGAGAAUAUGGUGAUUUCUUGGGAAACACAAAGCCUCGCUCCAGGACCAUGUCAGUGUUCCUCAAGGGACCCGGAAAAGUGGUGAUGGUUGCCAUCUGCAUUAAUGGCUUAAACUGCUUCUUUAAAUUCCUUGCCUGGAUUUAUACGGGUUCAGCAAGUAUGUUCUCAGAAGCUAUACAUUCAUUAUCUGAUACUUGUAACCAGGGUUUGCUAGCACUGGGCAUCAGCAAGUCUGUCCAAACACCAGACCCUUCUCACCCGUAUGGCUUUUCAAAUAUGCGCUAUAUUUCUUCAUUGAUUAGUGGUGUUGGUAUUUUCAUGAUGGGCGCAGGACUCUCUUGGUACCAUGGAAUCAUGGGAUUGCUUCAUCCUCAACCAAUGGAAUCCCUUCUAUGGGCAUAUUGUAUUUUAGCAGGAUCUUUGGUGUCUGAAGGAGCAACACUGCUUGUUGCUAUAAAUGAACUUCGCAGGAGCGCUCAGGCCAAAGGAACAUCGUUUUAUAAGUAUGUCAUGGAAAGUCGGGAUCCCAGUACAAAUGUUAUACUAUUGGAGGACACUGCAGCUGUCUUAGGAGUGAUAAUAGCGGCCACCUGCAUGGGCCUUACCUCUAUAACAGGCAAUCCGUUGUAUGACAGCCUUGGUUCCUUGGGUGUGGGCACCUUACUAGGUGUGGUCUCAGCCUUCCUCAUCUACACGAACACAGAAGCACUCCUAGGACGAUCCAUCCAACCAGAGCAAGUACAGCGGCUUACUGAACUCCUGGAGAGCGACCCCUCCGUAAGGGCAAUCCAUGAUGUUAAAGCCACAGAUAUGGGCUUAGGGAAAGUCAGAUUUAAGGCAGAAGUUGAUUUUGAUGGACGAGUGGUUACACGAUCAUACUUGGAAAAGCAAGAUUUUGACCACAUGCUGCAAGUAAGUUUAUGUAUUCAUCGUUUUCUUCCAUAGCCCGCAGUUUAAAGU